AUGCCCGACCUCCCGAACGAAAUUGUAUGCCACAUCGUGGAUCUCGUCGACUGCGUGCAGACUCUCUGGACGCUCCUCACUGUCUCUCGCCGAAUGAGCCUCUUCGCCAUCCCUUCCCUGUACCGAGACCUCUGCUUUGAUUCCCGCUCCGCGCCCCGCGCCGGAUUCAGGCCAUCAACACACGCGAACGCGCUGGAAAAGCUCGCUCGGACGGCCAAGUACAACAAGAACCUCCUAUUCACGACCUCGUUCUCCGUCUUCCGAUUCAUCUCUCCCCAGGCCAAGAACGAGAGCGUAGGGUCCAUACUCCCAUUCCUCCACAACUUGCGCCGCCUCAGCAUCACCAUGCCCUUCGUCGCCCCGGAGACGCUGACGCUUGUCCCACGGGGCGCGCAGCUCACGCAUCUCGUCGUGCAAGAUACCGUCUACACACAAGCCUUCGCGCACUUCCUCGAGGACCAUCCGACACUCACGAACAUCGACAUCGACGGGUAUCACAUCUCGGAGCCGCUUACUCUCCCGCUGUCGCCCACUGCACUCCCCAGACUCAGAUCCCUAUCGUGCCCACUCGGCGUCGCGCCGAAACUGGGCAGGCCUUCCGUGACCGCCCUCAAAAUCGCCAACGCCUCCAGAGAACACCACUACACCACCAUUCCGGAGGAGCUUGCGCGUGAAUUGGCAGCUGCGUUCCCCUCCUUACGCUCGGUGCACUUUGCGGAUCCCAUCCAUUUCCGGUCCGCGGCCUUCCUGAUAGGCCUCCUCCCCGAUGUAGUGUAUCUACAGCUGUACGAACCCUCUCAGCCAGGCGUCGCUCAAAACUGGCAGCUGCUCGCAACGUCGCGUCUGAUGUAUAUUCGUCUGACCAUUCCAGCCACUGGUGCGCGUGCAGACGAAGCAGCGCGAGGGGCAUUUGGCGCCAUCGAGCACCUGAAGUACCUAGACAUCGUCGACUCGGGGCAAGGCACGGCGCGGCGCUAUCAUCGCGCCUCAAAGGCCAGCCCUAUAGUUAAUAUCACCGACAUUCAAUGGCAGCCUUGUGGGGAGACGAUCGCCAAUGACAUAUACCAGGGAUUCCGCGGGUGA